UGAUCUAUCCGCUGUGUUUCUGUGUGGGGCGUUCAGCUUCUACGCCUCCAAGCUCCGGGAGAACGGACUGACUUUCUAGCUUCACCACCGCUGACAAACCCGCUGUUUCUUCCGCGACUCCCUCCGAUAAACGUUCAGAGUUUAAACUGAAGCCCGAACAGCUUAUAUUUGAAGUUUAUUUAACCGUCUGAGCGUCUUUCUUUUUCACUCGCGACUUAUGUGUAGCCGUUGGACGGAACGAGCUUUCAACUUACAACGAACCCGCAGACAUUUUGUUAUUUCUGAGAAUUAGACCGUUUUUUUUUUCCACCUACUUUUUUUUCAUCUGCGUAAUCGCGGCUGUGUGAAGCAAGCGACCUGAAAGCUUUCAUUAAGGAGCACCACCACCACAAAGCGACGGAGGAAACCAUUACCCCCCCCCCCCCCUCCGCUAAAUCCAAACACCACCGUGUGUGCGUAACGUUUUUUUUGUUUUUUUUUAAUUUAUAUGCGUUGAGCUCGCGCAUCGCUGCCGCCGCUCGUGCGUUGAGGCGGAAAGGCUUCUUGCAACUGCGAUGGAUCAUUUUGACUGACAGCUUUGGAAGAAUUAGCCAUUAGCUUUAGCCAAGCGAGGAACCAGCACUGGUUGUGGUGGAUUCCUGUUCAACAGACGCAGUAAAUACGGGGGUCUGGACACAGGUACGAGGUCUACCAUCACCCAGACAAGACACCGACUCCUUUACCUCAAAGUGCAUCACUUAUAUUCGGUCGCUAGCUACCGUUAGCUAGUCGUCCUGCUAACGCUGGACUGUGCACGGCUGGGCUAGCUUUGGACAAAGGAAACAUAUAAACACGGGGCACUCAGUUGAUCGUGUUAAGGAAGGAAAGCAACAAACAAGGAAUUGACAUGAUGUUUCCACAAUCAAGACACUCAGCUUCAUCGCAGCAGCUGAAAUUCACAACCUCUGACUCCUGUGACAGGAUCAAGGAUGAGUUCCAGUUCCUCCAAGCACAAUACCACAGUUUGAAGCUCGAGUGUGACAAGUUGGCCAGUGAGAAGUCAGAGAUGCAGCGCCAUUAUAUCAUGUACUAUGAGAUGUCCUACGGGCUCAAUAUUGAGAUGCACAAACAGGCUGAGAUCGUGAAGAGAUUGAACGGGAUCUGCGCACAAGUCCUCCCCUACCUGUCUCAGGAGCACCAGCAGCAGGUCCUGGCAGCCAUAGAGAGGGCCAAGCAGGUCACCCCCCCAGAGAUGAACUCCAUCAUAAGGCAGCAGCUCCAGGCUCACCAGCUGUCUCAGCUCCAGGGCCUGGCCCUGCCCAUGACCCCCCUGCCGCUCGGCCUGAGCCAGCCGAGCCUCCCCGCCGUCACCACCUCCUCUGGUCUCUUCUCCCUCUCCUCCCUGCUGGCCUCCCAAGCCCAGCUGGCCAAGGAGGAGAAAGCCUCGCGUGACGGAGUUGACAGCCACCGCGAGGAGGACGGAGACAAGUCUGAUUAGAUGGUGUCCCCUCAUUCAGCUCCGCUUUUUGUCCAGAGACCUGAAUCCCUAGAUCUGAGCCCCCCCUUUGGCCUACAGCCUCUCCCCUGGUCUCCCUCUCUCUGACCUUAGCUAACAUGGGCUUCAAUCCCAUCAACACAGCUCCAGCUACAGACCCCUAACCACCUCCCUUUAUUGGGAGGGCUUUGGCACCUGCCCCCUAAUGCCAGACUAGUCCUGAUCGCUUCAUAUUUACCGUACAUAGGUUGUUUCUUUAUCCUCCCUUCUCUCUAUCGCCAUCACAGUGUCUCCCGUGUCUUUUUCUUGAAAUACUGUCUCUUUUCUGCAUGUGAUUAAGCUUCAGUUACUUUGUUUAUUUUUUUUCAUCAGUACUGGUUUCUAUUUCUGUUCCUUCCUGUCUUCCUGUUGCACUCUCAGUUCUCAUUCCUGUUUAGUUUCGGGUUGUUUUUUUUUCCUCCAUAACUCUCUCCCUCCACUCGCACCCACCUCUCGCCUCUGUUCUAAGCCGGUCCUUGUUAUGCAGGACUGAUCUGUGACACCGAACGCUCCGCACUGCAGGCUAAACAUUCUUUGGCGAGCUUCUAAUACUUUUCAGACACAACACAGGAAUUCCUACGAAUUUCAUUUUCCCAACAAAGAGGUCUGACAGAGAUCCGUAGUGUUGAUGUUUUUUUUCUUUUUUGGCAGUACAGAUUGCAUGCAUUCAUUCCAAGCUACAAGUUGGCUUUGAGUUUAAACGGUGGAUUUUUAUGCAGCAGAGAAGUGUUUGAAUAGCGCCCUCGUGUCCCGGCUCAAGAGAGAAACAUCUCACACACACACACACACACACACACACAUCCAAACCCCCAAAAACUGCUGCUUUUAGAGCAGAAUGGUUGUAUUGGGAAGACGGUUGACAAACUAGAGAUUUUGUGUAAAGUCCUGAAUUUAUAUUAAGAAAGGAAAAGGACCUUCUUAGAGCAAACAUCCUGCUGAGAGCCAUCAGAGUAGUGAACAAACCCUCUCAGUGAGUAAUCCACCUCUACUCAGCGGUCCUUGCCUGACCCUGUGAGCUGCGUUCGGUACGAUACCUCCAACCCGCACCUCGACUGAAAGACAACGUUUUCUUCACUGGUUAAAUGAACAAAGAUGCUGCUAGACUCCUGCACCCUCCCGUUCACCCGUUGCAUCUUUAAUGUGCACUAAUAUUAGAGCAGGCACCGAGGGGGGGAGAGUGUGCAUGUUGUGUGUUUGACAGCAGAGGGCAGUGUGUGUCUUCCUCCUCGAUGGGUUCAGAGCAACACAAAUAAAAUACAGGACAAUGACAGAGAACAGGCUGUUUCACAACAGGGAAGAGCUUAUUCAUCCACUCUGUGUGUACAAACUAAAUAUACAGAGACUAGACUGGCGACAUUAAUCUCUGCAUGCGGUCAGUCUCAGUCGCUGUCAUCCAGUUCUUGAGAAAUAGCCUUUGAUCUGUUUUAGGGAACAUCUCGGUGUGAAACAGAAACACAACUGGACCCGUGCUUUUGAGCCCUCUGUAAUUUCUGAUUUAAAUACGGUACAUUUUGAUCUGUCGCAUAUCAGGCUAACACUACAUUAUUCAGGAGGUAUUACACCUACGUACAACCCUGAGUGGGAAAUUUCCAUGACCUAACACAAAUAUUAUCGGUGCAGCUCACACAGCACAAGCGUCCUCCACAGCUGCUCCGAUGAGUAACAACUCCCGCUCAGCCUCACAGGCCCUGUUUUCAAUUAGCUCGUCUGGUUAGGCCUCUCGUCAGGUGGAAGUGAGGCGAAGCUAUGCUGGGAAUAAUGUGAUGUCACCAAACCCUGGCUGUGUUCAAAAUGUCAGCAGCAGAACUUUAUAGUGUCCUCAAACAUACCCCCACAUUUAGGACAUCCUGGUACGCAGCGGUUACCGUACAAACAGUUUGAUUCUGAAGACAGCUUGAAAUAGUAUGAAAGUUGUUCUAUAAACCCCCGACACACACACACAGAAACACACACCCUUUCUUAGCCUCCUCUCUCUGAAUUAGCGGCUACACUGUGAGAAUGAAUUUGGGAAGAAACGCCACUCCAAACGAUCUUUGGCUUGAUGACGAUAAAGCAAAUUUAUUGUUUAAGAGAUUCAGAAAGGAAACAAUUACACAAAUUGCACGUUACGGCACUCCGAAUAAAAUCCUUCGUUUAGUCCAGAAGGUCAGACGACACACACUGUUGGUGAGGCGACUCCUGAUGCUCAUUGUUGUGUAUGUAUGUGGAUACAUGAACCAGGUUUGAUACACACAGAGAGGAAACGUGUUACUAAAGCUAACAUGCUAUUUGUGAGUUAAGCUUGCAGCACAUCGUGCUCCCACAUGCGGUAUGUGUCAAGCUACAUACUGUACUCGUAGUGGUAUGCAGAGCGUGUAGACACAGCGACACACACACACACACACACACAUCAAUGCAUGUCUGCCGGGGAAACGAGAUCGAUUUCUUUCUAGUUGAGUCAUUUUUUCAAAAGAAUGUUUGGUCCAAACUUUUCUGUGAUCAAUGCACUUGUUUUUUUGUUUUUUUUUGUUUCCCCCUCUUAUUUGUUUUUAAAUAUUAAUCAAUAUGAACUAGAACGAGAGUUACAAAGCUGACGUUAUAAACAUACAAAAUAAAUUCUAUGUAUUUGUUCAAGUAGUUGGAGGCGCUUGCCUCUGUAUACAGUUAUACAUAGAAAGCUUUAUGUGUAUAUAGCUGCAUCUUUUCUUGUCUGUCCUGGAUGAUUCUUGUGCUAUUGUGUUACAAUGAUGUGACACCAGGGGGGAAACUGCAGUACGUUGACCCCUCCUCUCCUCUCUUACCCCCAUGCCCUCUACUCCCGCGCCACAUCCCCCGACUUUUUGCCCCCAUAGCGUGAAGCAUUGUAAGCGUUUUGAGCUUUGUAAAGGUCUUUUUUUAAAUACUUAUUUUGUGCAUAAUGUAAAACCUGAAAGUGUGUACUUUGGCAAAAAAAAAAUGUUUUGUGUCUGAAAUCAUAGCUUCAUUGAAACAACAAAAAAAAAAAGAAACUAUUAAAAAGUACAACAAACAUUUACUAUAAAUAAUAUGAAAUGUUCUGCAGUAAGGAAGGACUUCUGGUGCCUUACAAAUAAAGUCAAUCAAAUCAUAAAA